CGCCUUGGCCUCGCCUUAUACCUCGUAUUCGACCAAAAGAGUCACAUUCUCCCACACUAAUACAGAUUAGGCAAGCACCAGUCCCUGGUUUGAAGAACCGCCAAUGUUUUUCAGCCUCAAUAUCAGCACCGAAAAUACUCGAAGGCGUACCUCUAGCUCGGCUUGGCCUUAAUAAACUCAGUUAGGCACCUCGUAUUCCAACCAAAGAGUCACGCUCUCCAUACAAAUAGACAUCAGCCGAGCGUUGGUGGCCAUAACCCCCGGAUUGAACCUUACGAAAGGCCUGGAGUCAACUAUCGGAAUGCCUUCGCGAGAAUGCAACGUCAGCACGACCUCGAUUGUAGAUGUUGUGAAUCAGGUCGAGCUAUAAAACCAGGCUCGAAACGCAGACUUCUCCCUUGACGAUUCACUCCAUUGUCCAUACCUACAGGAAAAUACCGAAGAUGAGGGUCUUUCUCGCUGCUUUCUUGCUGGCGGCCGCGGCCACUGCUUCUCCCUGGGGUCCGAGUGCCUCAUGGGCAUCCACCUCGUCGAGUGCCAGUCCCACUGCCAGUCCUAGCGGCAGUACACAACAAGUCUUCUUCGGUCGUUUUAUCUCCACCCCAAGUCCAGACCAACUGUCCAUCAACACUGGCGCAGUUCUCGUGACCAGUAGUGACGGUCGAGGAACAAUCGAGAAUGCCGUCUGGAAUGUCACAGACUUGCAAACUGCUCUGUCAGCACUCGAUGUUCAAGACGGUGUCCCAAUCAUCUACGCUGCUGACAAUGGCUUUUUCUUCCCUGGCUUCAUCGACUCGCAUAUCCACGCCCCUCAAUACCCCAAUCUUGGUCUCUUUGAAGGGACUCUGCUUGAUUGGCUCCAGAAGUACACCUAUCCAAUGGAAUCCUCGCUCUCAACCACUGAAUCACCGCUCUACGCCAACUCGACCACUCCGCCAGACCCCUAUGCCCGCGCCCACGAAGUCUACGCCCACGUCGUCGCAUCGACGCUGGCUCACGGGACGACGACAGCAUCCUACUUCGCGACCGUCGAUGUCGGCGCUACCAACAUACUCGCGGAACUAGCUCUGUCCAUGGGCCAGCGUGCGUACAUUGGCCGCACAUGCCAGGACAACAAGGACAACAACCCAAUUUAUUACCGCGACAACUCGACCGCCGAAGCCAUUGCCAACACAUGGUCAUCAAUCAAGUACAUCCAAAGCCUCGAUCCAACAGGCGACCUCGUCGCGCCCAUCGUUACACCCCGGUUCGCACCCGGCGUGACCGACGAAUCCAUGACCGCGCUCGCUCAAAUCGCCAAUGACACAAAUCUGCGUCUGCAAAUGCACAUCUCCGAGAAUGUCAGAGAGGUGGCGCUCGUGGCGCAAAUGUACCCUGAUCAAUCAUCCUACGCGGGAGUCUACGACGCGCACGACCUCCUGACAGACCGCACCAUCCUUGCGCAUGGAGUGCACUUGACAGAUGAUGAAAUGGAUCUCAUCGCCGCACGUGGGUCCGGUGUCAGUCACUGUCCAGCCAGCAACUCCGCGCUGGGAUCCGGUAUAGCGCAGGUGCGCAGAAUGUUGGCCAAGGGUGUCCACGUCGGAUUGGGUACGGAUACCGCCGGUGGGUAUAACCCCAGUAUUCUGGAGACAGUCCGUCAGGCGUUCCUCGUGAGUCGAGAAUUGAGUUUCCUGGCCAACGACGACAGGUCGCUUGAUGUGCCUACGACGCUGGCACUCUGGUUAGGAACCAUGGGCGGAGCGAAAGUCGUGAGUAUGGAGGGCCGGCUUGGUGGGUUUGAGCCGGGGAUGCUUUGGGAUGUGCAGGAGAUUGCGCUCGACGCGGAAGGCACUAAUGUCGAUAUCUUCGGCUGGGAGACAUGGACUGAACGGGUGAGUAAGUGGGUUUGGAAUGGGAGUAGGAGCAAUGUGAACCGCGUUUGGGUCGGUGGGAGACUUGUGUCGCAGCGGUAGAGACGGCCUUCUUUCUUACUACCUAGGUACGCUCUCUUCGUUUUUCUUUAUAAAUUAAUCGCUACUUGCUUUCAAUACCUAUCAGAACUUUAGAAAUGAAAUCUUCUGGAUCUUUCAUCCGCGUUGACCCACCCUGACGAGGCUACUGAACUCAGGGGCUGGGCCAUGAUACUUAGUUCACUUAGCCGUCGACCAGUCGGCCUUCAGAUAAUCCUUGACUCGGUCAGUCUUAUCACACCGUGAAAACAUGCAACAUAGGGCAGGGUCAUCAGUAA